AUGUCCAAGCUGGGAAUAGGUAUUGUUGAAUCCCUUAUCAAAUACAACAAGGAGACAUGGUGCAAAGCUUUUAUUCAAACAUUUUCAAAGUAUGAUAGUAUAGAUAACAACAUGGCAGAGAGUUUCAAUUCUUGGAUCUUGGGACCUAGGAACAAGACCAUUGUAACUAUGUUGGAAGAAAUUAGAGUUAAGGUGAUGAGUAGAGUGAGUAAGUCAAGAGCAUUUGCUGAAACAUGGACAGAUGGAAUAUCUCCAAUGGCAAUGAUGGUAUUCAAUACAAAUGUAACAAAAUCAAUGCAGUGCAACAUUGAAUGGAAUGGUGAUGUUGGAUUUGAAGUGUUAGAAGUGGUAUACAAGCAUACUGUGAACUUGGGUCAACAAAAAUGUAGUUGCAGAUCAUGGGAAUUAAAAGGUAUCCCAUGUGCACAUGAUAUAGCAGCAAUGAACCACUUGAACGUGGAUGCAUCACAAGCAAUAUCUAGUUGGUAUAGAAAAGACACAUAUAUGAAGACAUAUUCUCAUUUCAUUCAACCAGUCCCAAACAUGGAAAUGUGGCCUGAAAGUAGAAACCCAAUGGUUGAACCACCUGAGGCAAGAGAAAUGUCUGGUAGGACACCAAAGAACAGAAGAAGAGAAAUUGGUGAAGUGAGAAAAGCUGGAAAGUUGCCAAGAAUGGGGACAGUAAUGACAUGUUCACUUUGCAAAGGAACAAAUCAUAACAAGAGAAAUUGUCCAAAAAAUCCUUAA